AUGACUUCCAACCCUUGCUCUGCAUGCAAAGUCUUGAAAUCCGUGUGUACAGGUGAAUGCGUUUUUGCGCCAUAUUUUCCAUCGACGGAGCCUGAAAAAUUUGACCGUGUGCAUAAAAUUUUUGGAGCCGAAAACGUUUACAAAAUACUGAGCAAUGAGACUUUCUCACCUUUACAACGUGAACAUGCUGUUAAGGCUCUCAGCUAUGAAGCUGAAGCCCGCAUACGUGAUCCUGUAACAGGGUAUUAUGGGAUGUCUUUGGCUUAUGAAAAAAUUCUCAACAAUUUGAAAGAGCAAAUCAUCUCAGCAAAGAAUGAGAUCGUGGCCACCAUGGGACCCGAUAAAGUACCGGAAUAUUCUGAUACUCCUAUGCCUGAUGAUUUCUUCAUGACACAAAACCAACAGAUGGGUGAUAAUCAUGGAGCUGAUGAAGCAUCAACAUCUGCAACGCCACCUGCAUCUUCAGGAGGCGCCAAUGAUACUCAACAGACACCUUAA